UUUCUCUCUUUCUUCUUCAACAGACAACCUCCGUAUCUCUUUCUCUCUCUCUCUCUCUCUCUCAAAGAUCAAAACUUUAAAUUCAAAAUCCCAAUAAUACCCUACUGAGUUUUUUCCAUUCAUCACCAUGAUGAUGAGGCCGCCGCCAUUGCUAGUGAAUUGCUCCAAUUGCCAAACCCCUCUGCAGCUCCCAGCCGGAGCCACGGCGAUUCGCUGCGCUCUCUGCCAGGCUGUCACCCACAUCGCCGACCAUCGCAACGCUCCGCCUCCUUCUUCGGCUCUUUCUCAAUCCUACGCGCCGCCGCCGCCGCCUGCUCCGUCUCCUUACAGCCACGCGCCUCCGGGCCCCCCGCCGAACGCGCACGGGAGGAAGAAGGCGGUUAUAGUUGGGAUAUCGUAUAGGUACUCGAGGCACGAGCUUAAAGGUUGCAUCAACGAUGCGAAGUGCAUGAAGUACCUGUUGAUCAACAAGUUCCAGUUCCCUCCAGAGUCCAUUCUCAUGCUCACAGAAGAAGAAACUGAUCCAUACAGAAUUCCAACUAAAUACAAUAUGAGGAUGGCAUUAUAUUGGCUUGUUCAAAGUUGCCAACCAGGAGAUUCCCUAGUGUUUCACUAUUCUGGUCAUGGUUCACGGCAGAGGAACUAUAAUGGUGAUGAAGUGGAUGGAUACGAUGAAACUCUAUGUCCUUUGGACUUCGAAACUCAGGGUAUGAUAGUUGAUGAUGAGAUCAAUGCAACAAUUGUCAAACCUCUUCCUAUUGGUGUUAAGCUUCAUGCAAUAAUAGAUGCUUGUCAUAGUGGCACUGUACUAGAUUUGCCAUUCCUUUGCCGGAUGAACAGGUCUGGACAAUAUAUAUGGGAGGAUCAUCGCCCUCGAUCAGGUAUAUGGAAAGGAACAAGUGGUGGAGAAGUUAUUUCCUUUAGUGGGUGCGAUGAUGAUCAGACCUCUGCUGAUACAUCUGCUCUAUCAAGGAUCACAUCAACAGGUGCCAUGACUUUCUGCUUCAUCCAAGCAAUUGAGCGUGGGCAUGCGACUACAUAUGGGGGUGUACUCAGUUCAAUGCGUACUGCCAUUCGGAGUACUGGAAGUAAUGACCUUGGUGGUGGUGCUGUGACAUCUCUCCUCACCAUGCUUGUGACAGGAGGCAGUGUUGGUGGUGGGCUAAGACAGGAGCCACAGUUGACUGCCUGCCAGACAUUUGAUGUGUAUACAAAACCUUUCUCCCUGUGAUUUUUUAUGUUCUAUCUACAGAUUUAUUAGUUAGAAAUUAAAUAUUAUAUUGAGGAAAGGGUUUUUCUUUAUUGUUGAAAACACAUUGCUUAUGAUGUAUUUUAUUGAUGGAACAAGCUUUGUGUGCCCAAGGUCCAAGCCCCAUAUUUUAUACAUGACAUUGAUGCAGCAACUUUGACCUGAAA